AUGGCGAAGCUGAAGCCAGCUUUCACAACGGAUGGCACGUUUACGGCAGGAAACUCGUCUCAAAUCUCUGAUGGUGCAGCUGCAACACUGAUGAUGCGCCGCUCUACGGCUACUGCUCUUGGGCUUUCUGGCUCCAUCAUAGGAAAGUGGGCUGGGAGCUCGAUAGUCGGAUGCAAACCCGAUGAGAUGGGCAUUGGUCCGGCGAUUGCUAUCCCGAAGCUUCUUGCACAAACGGGGCUGAAUACCGACGACGUUGGGCUGUGGGAGAUCAAUGAGGCGUUUGCUAGCCAGGCAAUUCAUUGCGUGAGGGAGCUUGGUCUAGAGAAGAAGUACGAGGAAGGCAAGGUGAAUCCGAAUGGCGGAGCUAUUGCACUGGGACACCCGCUCGGUGCUACUGGGGCGAGGAUGGUGGCAGAUUUGCUGCCGGAGAUGCAGCGCCAGGGCUUGCAGACGGGAGUUGUGAGCAUGUGCAUUGGGACCGGGAUGGGAAUGGCCGGAUUAUUUGUUAGGGAGUAA